CGAAUGCGUCAAUUCAUACAAAUAUAGCCCACGCUAAAAUAAGCAGCGUUUGAAAGGUGUGUGGAGACUUGCAUACAAUUUGACAUCAACUUCAAACAAUUGCACUACCACCAUCACAACAAUACGCAGCAAGAUGGCUAUCAAAGCAAUCUCAGAUGCAAUCUCAGUGGCACUAUUUGGAGCAGGCGGUGUCCCAGGCUUGAACGGAUGGACUCCUGCUUCAGUCUAUCUUGCCUGUGGUGCUUUACUCAAAACGAUCCUAUUCUUGCCGCCCGUUUUGAUGAUCUUUGAUGCACCUUUUGGUAGAUUCUCAUGGAAAGAUAGCAAAUUAAACUUUCCCGGUAGACUGGCGUUCUCAUUUAUGGAAUUGCCCGCUCCUCUCGUUUUCAUUUUGGCACUUUCAACUCCUGAUCAACUCUCACAUGAUUAUCAUGCCAGCAAUGCUUCUGACCUUUUGAGAAAGCUAAUCAAUCCUAGCUUUGAUCAUUUAAAACAAUUGCCUGCUGCUAAUCUCAUUUUAGCAUCCUUGUUUGUGAUCCAUUACACACAUCGAGCCAUCUUACAACCAAUCUUUGGACCUCCACGUAGUCCAUCGCAUAUCAUGGUCAUCUCAUCCGCUUUCAUGUUCAGCGUAACCAAUGGCUUCACAAUGGGAUCAUGGAUUGGGGGCCGUUCUCCUUCGCUACUUGUGCCUACAUCCCUAUUGUCCAGCAAGGCAGCAAUCAAAUCAGUCAAGACUGCAAGUUGGUUCGCUGGCAUCUUACCUCGUUCAAAAGUUGCAUCACCCGGUCUGGACAAUAAGUCAAUCGUGCCAAUUGCUCAACCUGGCUUGUUGCCGGCGGGUACCUCUACUUUGAUGCAUCCUUUGUUCAUCUUGGGUGUGCUAGGCUGGGCAAUCGGAUUCGCAUCAAAUGUGUAUCACGAUGAAAUUCUAUUCAACCUUCGCCGUCCAGAGAAACGUGGAGGUGGCCCUGCCGAAGGAACUCGUAGCAACAUUCACAAAGCAGAAGCAAAUGGAUCGAGCAGCGAAAAGUUGGACUCGAACGACACCUCUUCAACAGGUCAAAGGUACGAGAUCCCUCAAGGUGGAUUGUAUUCGUUGAUCAGUUUUCCGAAUUAUUUCUCAGAAUGGUUUGAAUGGGCUUCGUUUGCUUUAGCGGCAAUUUCUCAAACACCUUUAUCGCCCUUGUCAGCCAAUGCCGUCCCUCUAACUUUGAUGGGAAGGAUCGCACUUUUGACUGCCUCGGCUCCUGUUCUGUUCGUUUUGGUCGAAAUUGCUUCUAUGUUGCCUCGUGCCGUUCGAGGUCACCAAUGGUACCACACCAAAUUUGGCGUUGAAGGCGAUAACAAGGGCGGACGUUAUCCAAGCCAACGGAAAGCGGUCAUUCCCUACGUUCUCUAGACCCGUACAGAUUCUCAUACCCAUGCCAAGAUUUCAUAUACCUUUUUUUUGCUUCCCCUAUCUGCGGUUUCGUGCUUACUAUUUGUCGCUCUAAUACUGAUCCGAUUUUGCCGUUGUACAAAUGCUAUUGCUUUUUGUCAAAAAUUAUUGAAAAAAAAGGCAAU